AUGCCGUCCAGGCUCCAUUGGGCUGGAAAGAACAACCGCUCUCAGCACAAUCUCGUUGGACCGACGGGUGCCGAGGAUUCGACAGCUGCCGCUGCUUCUUCGGUGCCCGCGUCAGUUGGUGCGCACCCCUCGAGUGCGGGUGCCGGCGCUGCAAACCCACCCUCAGCCUCGCCCAACCCGGCCUUCAGCUCCAGCGAAUCCUUUCAGCCCGACGGCAAUCACACAGCGCAACCCCCUCAACCGUCACCACACCUCGUCAAUAUCUACGGCACCGGUGCCACUGCCGGCGGGCCCAAUUCCGCCGCCCUUCCGGCGCAGUUGCAGCACUCCAACAGCGUGUCAGGUGUUUUUGACUCGCGCCAGCGCGAGCAGCAGCACGACUUCGCCGACCAAGUGACGCGUUCCCAGUCCCAUUCGCACCGCUACACCCAGCCCUCCCCCACCUCAACCCAAUUGCAUCUCCAACAACAGCAGCUCCAGCAUCAACCACAGCUACCGCCAGGAUCUUCCUCUGUUGAGGAUCUUUCAGCUCCUGGCCACCAGAACAUCUCGUCGCCUAUUCUCGGUGUUCCCCAGCAGCUGGUCUACGCUCAGCAGCAGCAGCAGCAGCAAGUCCAACAACCCACGACCUCGAAAACCAAGCAGUCUACGCGGCGGCUGUUGAAUUUUCUCAACCCUCGCGGCCAGGACUUCGCACCCCAGCCGCAGCAGAACUCGUACAACACUGGUGCAGAUCCAACCCGCAGGAACUCCAAACGCAUCAGCCUCCCUCCGGCGACAUAUCCUCCGACCAUCCGGACUGGUGUCUCUCAGGUCUCGCUUGACCAGCAGGAGCAGCUCAACUGGCAGAAUCAGCCCGCCGCUACCCAGCCAUCCACUCUGCAAGGCGUAGGAGAAUUCCACGAGUCGCACGCAAUUGACCGUUCUGACCAAGAGUUGCGACUGCAGAAUUCUCAGGACAUAAGCCGCCCCACGAUCCGGUCCAUUCCCCCUUCGGACGCAGAGACGUCGCCGUACCCAACUGAGGACACAGGAUACAGGCAACACCGGGCCCACGUCCAAUCGCUGCCGCCCCAAUUGCAGCACCAGCAGUACGGCCAGGCCAUUUCUGACACGCCCUCCCAUCAACAGCCGCCGCCGCAGUACCAGUUCACAAACCAGCAGCAGGCACAGUACCAGGGCGGCAACCAGCACCAUUUCUCGGGCCAUCUUGUCAACCCGCAGCAACAAAACCCCGAGACCGUGUCUCAGCUGUCGCACGAGUCGCCAGUCACAGACUCGGACCAGCGUUCUGCCACUAGCCUCCCAACACAAACGGCGCAGACAUCGCCUGCUGUUAACUACCCGACGCAAGCACCACAGGAUCAUCCCGGACGGCAGAACCCGCCGCCCGGUGCCCAAGCUCAGGCCCCGCAGCAGCAAACCAUGGCCCCACCUCCCGGCGGGCCGCCCCCCGCACGGAGAUCGCAGGACGCAGAGAAGAUGCGCGACCAAGUCGUGCCCCCGCAGGGCCCCCCUCCCAACUAUCGGCAGAGCCAGCAGGCCAACAUGAACCCUUUACCACAGCCGCCGAACGCGGGGCAACCCAACCCAAACUUCCGCGCCAGCAACGUGCCGAAUUCGAGCCAGCAGUUCGAAGGCCAGGGAGACGUCCAAGGGCGCAACAGUCCGCAGCCUCCCUCUAGCGAAGGUCGGGCCGGCGAGGACCCCGAGAAGGCAUUUAAGGAUCUUUUGACCAAAUACAAAAAUGUCAAGCGGCUCUAUUUCGAAAACAAAAAGGAGAUUGAGCAAUUGAAUAACCAGGUAGAGCAACUUCAAAACGCCGUGGCCAACCAGCGCAUGUCGCAGAGCCGAACGUCGCUCGACGACAACGAGUAUACAACGCGCUUCAACCGGCUCAAUGGCGCCAUUAACAACCUAUCAUUCAAUAUUCGCAAGGACUGGAAAACGCUGCCAUCGUGGCUAGAUCGCUUCGUGAGCGCCGACGCUCUCAAGACGGGCAAGCAAGAGAUGACAGCCGUCGGCCGAGCUGUCAUCACGCGUUGGAUCGUAGAAGAGAUCUUUAACCGAUGCUUCCACCCGGGCCUGGAACCGGAACUUAGCAGGCAGCUGAAGGUUAUUGAGCAUAACAUUAGGCACUUUAGCUAUACGAUGAGCAGCCAGGAGGAGUUUGACGCCUUGACAAGCAAGGUGGUGAGCUGGCGCAUGGCCACGCUUGAGGGUCUGCAAGAUGUGCUCCGGAGCAACGACAGUGUCAACCACAGGAACGACUUCACGCGGCGCGCCACGAGCAAUCUGACUGCCUGUCUCUUCCAGCACCUGACCGAUCCGCCCCCCGCCGGCGUCGACGGCAGCGCGAGCAUGAUCGUCGAACUCGCUGUCGGCAUCGCUAGUAACCUUCCGCUCGAGAGCCGCGACGUGGCCAUCAUUUACCCCUUACCCGAGUCACCGAUCCAGCCGGAGCUGAUGGAGGUGGAGAAGACGGGCCUGCCGGCGCUGGAGAACCGGCCCUCGGACGCCAGCGAAGAGGGUGCCGGAGACGAUAGUGGCGGUGGCGGCGGAACUACUGGCUCUGGAGGUAAGAAUGAAGGACCCAACAAAGACGGCGGCGGCGGUGGUAAGGAUCGGCGCGGGGACAAGUUGAGAUCGGGUAUGUUGAACGUUCUGGGGGCGGGUGGCGGCGGCGGCGGAAGCGCGCCCGGCAGCAGGAAAGGCAGCAUUGCUGACGGUAACAACACUCAAGGAGCUCCUCCACCAACCAAGGACCCGGGCAAGGUGCGCUUUGCCGGAUUCGUAGCCGUCGAGGUUCGCGGCAGGCAGGUGCUGGUUAAGGCGCCGGUCUGGACGCUGGGCUAA